GCUCAUUUGUCAAUUAAUCGAAAAAUUUACAUGUUUAAAUAUAACCUUAACUAAUCAAAAUUAAUCUGCCUAAAUUAAUUCCAAAUCAUUUAAAAUUUUAGUUUAAUUUUUGUCAAUAUGGAGAGUGAUCCUUGUAAGAGUAAAAAAUGGAAAUGCAAUGAAGAUGAGCCACUUUGGCGAAUGUACAUGAAUUCUUAUUUAGAGAAUGAAAAAUUGUUGAUAAAAAAUGAUAAAUUUGAUCGUCGUAAAGCUGCUGAACUACCAAGACUACCUGCUUUAAAAACGAUAGAAACAAUUCAAGCAUCACAAACUUUAUUUCCACUCAAUACAUUCAAUAUUCAAGAUGAAAUAAAAUUUCCUGACCAUUUGAAUAAUAACAUUGAAAAUCUUAAAAUAUGGAAUAACAUAAAAUCCGAUCCCUUGAAUUUUUCGAAACAUGAUGAUUCAUCAAUAAAUAAAGCUAAAAUUGAAAAUCAUAAAUGGCCUUGUGAUGAGUAUAAUUAUCACGAAGAUAAACGUCAAUUUGAAAUUUUAAAAAAAAGAAAAGAAAAAUAUAUGUUACCCUGUCAAAAUGAUCCUAUCAUCCAGCUAGAUUUAAAUGAUAAUUUUUCUGAUAACAAAGAAUUAGGUCAUGCUAGAAUUCCAGUGACAUGUUUUAAAAAAGAUAAAUAUUAUUUAAUUGAUCGUUCAAUUGGUGAUAAGCCUGGUCUUGUUGAUGGUGAUUAUAUUGUCAUUGAAUUAUCAUCAGAUAAUGAUGAAAAACUUGUUUACAGUGAAGUUUGUUUACGUGGUUUAAAAGGCAUGCAUUUGAUGGAGCUAAAUAGACAACGUGAUAACACAUGGAAAUUUUGUUUCUAUCAAUGUAUUGUUGCUUUAUUAGCAAAGACACAACUCAGAUACAAACAUGCAACGAGUAUAAACAUUGAUUAUAUUUAUGAUCAUGCAUGGAUGAUUUUCAUUCACAUGGGUUGUAUAAAAAUAAAUAAAAAUAUUAAACUUGAUGAUAUUGUUGUUUAUAAUUAUAAAUAUAAAAUUGAACUUGAGCUAAUUGAUGAACUCAUUGAUGUACCAAUUAUUGAAAAUAUAAAUUCAAAUUAUAUGGAAAGUAAUUUUGUAAAUAUUAAAGAAAUAAAAAGACCAGAAUUGAUGAAAAUAAAUGAAACAAUUGGCUGGGAAAAAAUUAAAAUUAAUUAUCAUGGUAGUAUACAUGAUGAUACAAAAGAUAUUGAAUAUUGGCUUGAUACAAUAUCAAGUGAAUUAAAAAAUUUUAUAAUUAGAACAAAUAAAUUUUCAUUGGCAUGUUGGAAUGAUGGAAAUUUUUGGUAUUUAUAUAAUCCAUAUCGCUGUGAUAAAUUUGGCUAUUGGAAUGACAAUGGCUAUGCAUGUAUCAUGAAAUUUUGUACAAAAAAAAGUUUAAAUAGACACAUUGUUAUAAUUAUACUUCGUGCUUAUGCGUAUAAACAAUCAAGUGGUUUAAAAUUAUUUGAUAAAUUGAAUAAUCCAGUUGAAGGUAAAAAUUUUACAAUUCAAAUAUUUAAAAUUAUUUAUCAUUGUGUUAAAAUUCAUGAUUACCGUGUACUCCAACGUAAGCCAAAGAGAAAAGAAAUAAAUAUUCAAAAAAUAGAAAAUUGUUUGGUUAAAAAUAAUGAUAAUAUUGAGGAUAAAAAUUGGCUUGAAAUUUAUAAAAUAACAUGGAAUUUUAAUGUUAAAAAAAAUUCUGAUAAAUUAAAGUGGCAUAAUUUUAUGAUUGAAGAUGCUGGAAAAAUAUAUUCAUUGUUGUGUGAUAUACACCCGACGGAGACAAUAUUUCAUAUUGAAAAUCGUGGAAAACAAAUUCAUGCUUGUUAUAUUGUUUGUGCUGGUAUGAUUAAAAUAAUAUCACCAGAAUAUUGGAGCACUAAAACGUUAAAUACAAUAGUCAUGUGUGGAGAUAAAUAUUAUACGUCUUGUAAAUAUCAAAGUAGAGCUAAUGAUAAUAUAAAUAAUGAAAAAAUAAUAUUGUCAAGGUUUUUUAAAAUUGGAAAUAUACAUUUUGAGUAUAAUUAUUUGGACUCGAUAAAUGGAAAAUUGUAUACGAAUAAUUCAUUGUGGAAAUUGUUAGAUGAUUUAUUUAAAAAAUAUAAAUUUGCAAUUUUAACAUGUGAAAAUUAUUGUUUGGGUUUGUUUAAAUCAUGUGGUGCUUAUUAUAUGUUUGAUGUUAAAUCAAUUGGACCACCUUUAUUUGAUUAUGGGUAUGGUUUUGCUUAUCUUUUACGGACAACAUGUUUUGUUAAAUUUUUACAUGUGCUAAUAUUGACUAUUGGAUCGAAUGAGAAUAGUGAUUUUUUGUUGAAUCCAAUCGAUAUUUUGAAGACGGUUGAUUUAUCAUGUGGAAAAGUUAUUAAUGAUGAUGUGAUUUGAAUUAGCGAGGAGUAAAUAAAUUUUUUUUAAAUGUUAAUAAGAAAAUUAAUUGUUGAAUGAAUUUAGAAAACAAAUUUAUUGAUUAAGUUAUUUAAUAAAAAUAAUUUAAAUUAUAAAUAAAAAUUAUAGAUGAAUUGAUUUAAUCAGAAGAUUUAAAAUUAAAAAUACAAUAAAAAAAGAAAAUUAUUAAUCAACUGUUUUAAUGAGAAGAAAUUCAAUUAAAAAAAAUAAAAAGUUAUUGAUUAACUGGUAAAGAGAAUUAAAAUUAAAAUUACAUAAUUGUUUUUUUAAAAAUAAAAUAGAAGAAACGAUAUUGAAGCCGUAAAAAAAAUAUCAGAGCUUUGCAAAGGCAUCUUUACAUGAAUGUAAUUUAAAAAGUAAAUAUAAAAAAAAAAAAGAAAAGAAUUUAUAAAUGGAAUGAAAAUAAUAAAAAUAUAAACUUGGAAAUAAUAUUUUACAAAGAAA